AUGGCCACGGAUCCAGCAGUCACACAAACAUCAGAUACCAACAUUGUGUAUCAACUUCGCCAAAUUCGUAGCAAAUUCGAUGCAGACAAUGCAUACUCUCUUUGCUGUGCAUCAGGUCCUUUCACCAAAUUUCACGUAUGCCAACCAUUUACCAUUUUUACAUUAGCAGACUAUGACCAUGGAACCUCGCCUUUAUCAUCACUAUUUCGGUAUAUGGCAACGAUUGUGCUGCGACUCGAAGUAUGUGCUACUCUAGCAAAGGCAUUUGAAUCUUGCUUAGGUCAAGGGAACCUUAACACCCAAAAUGCGUUUACAGCCAUCAUUGCUUUGUAUGGAGAAAGCAAUGAGAUUCCCAUCCUCGGCAAUAGCGAAUUGAGCAAGAGACUCGAGAUUGUAGCCAACUCGUUGGCGCCGUCACUGGUUGCCACGAAUGACUAUGUGGCAAAGGAAAUUGUGCUGGCCUUCCAGUUCUAUAACUAA